UUCUCAAGUUCGCCAUUUUUUCUUUGCGGUCUCUCACAUUUCUGUUUCUUUUGGUCAUUUUCUUCUUCUGUUCCUGUUUCAGUUUCAAAAAGAAUUCUGGCCUUAAUUUAGUAUCAACAAUGGUGCAGAACGUAAAUUCCUACACAAUCAACGGUACCAACAUAAUCAUCAAAGUCGGUGAUUAUGUGCGUAUAAGGUCUCAUGACCCUAAAACAUCCGUUUAUGUUGCUCGAGUACAGUCGUUGGAUGUUGAGCAUCAAAUGGUUCGGAUUCAGAGGUAUUAUUUUCCAGAGGAGACAAAGCAGGGGAGGAAAAGGUUUCAUGGUACAAAGGAGGUGAUUUCGUCUAAUCACUAUGAUGUACAGAGCAUUCAUGCCAUCCAAGGGAAGUGUGUUGUUCGUUCCUUAGAGAACUACAUGACCCUAAAGUGUGUCGGCGUUGACGAUUAUUUUUGUCGAUUUGAGUACGAUUGUGUUGAAAAAUGUAUCGUCAAUGAUUCUGUUGCCGUGUAUUGUGAUUGUCAAAUGCCCUGCAAUCCAGAUCUCUUUAUGGUGCAAUGCAAUGGAUGCGAAUGCUGGUUUCAUCCAUCAUGCAAGGGCAUGAAAGAUAAAGAUGCAAAGCGACUAACGAAGUUUCUCUGCUCUAAGAAGUGCUCCGAUGAUGAUGCAAAAUAAUCCUGAAAGUGCUAAAUAACUUGGGCGUUUUUUAACAUGUGCAUCUUUAUGGUGGUUUUGUAUUUGUUUCUACAUUAGUUAGUAUGUGGUCACAAGAUUAAGCAAUAAUACAACUUAAUUUAUCUUACUUU